CAAACAGGGAGCCCUGUACUACUAACGUGCUAUAUCCUGACUAAACCGAGCAAUUUGGAAGCAUUGGAGUCAGUUGAAAUACGAGAAACCAGCAGGCUUGAUUCGCCAACGUUGCAUGGCCGGACCAAUGCUGCAGCCAGGGGAUAUUACUGCUGUAGUUCUGUAGUCCGCUUUCCAGCAAUUGAGAUCUGACAACCAACGACGAUCCCCGUGUUACUGUGAGUACAGGGCGCGACUAUCCUGUGUGUGGUCUACACAGUUACGUACUCCUUGUUCCCCCACCACUUAGCCCAAACAUCAAACGCGAUACUAGUUGGCAGGGGGUUGAAUCCUAUCUUUUUGCGCCUACUCACGACUAUUCCAUGCCCGCGACAACUUCUAAUGGCACAGCCGAUCAUGCACAUUGUGGAUGCGCCAAUACAGCCGUUGUUAUGAAGAUGGACAAUUCUACAACAGCGGCGUCGACGGACAUGGCGGACCCCAAGGAUGCCAAGCACGCAGCAUGCGCUUUUGCGAGCCUCCCGGAUGAGAUCAUAGAACUCAUCCUUUCGACAUGCGACCCCAGCUCCUUCGCAUCUCUUGUUCUGCUUAAUCGCAACUGGCGCAGGGUAUCGCAACAAGCUCAACUCUACGCCCAACAGCUGUCUCGAUGCCGAUCUUAUGCGACAAGCCAUCGAAUUAUCGCAUUGCCAGUUGACGGCGACGAGCUUCCGAGACUCCGAAAAGCAUUCGCACAUGAGGUCAAGCGCAACCUCUAUGAAGCAUAUUUACGCCCACAAGAAACGAUAAUCAAGCUAGUGUCGACGUCUAUAAGCUCUUCGGCCGCGUUGCCCGGAGGCGAAGCGUUCCACUUCGCAUUCUCUGCCAAUGGACAAUAUGUUCUCGCAUAUAGCACAUCGAGGAUCCAUGUUCUUCGUUUUGUGGGACUGGAUGUCACAGUUGAACGCGAGCUGAAGAUCCUGCGACGACCUGCAUCAAUAACAAUACUCGACGAUGGCACUAUGCUGGCUGUAUUAUCGAUGGAUCACCAGGUUGAUCUCUACGACCUAAGCAACGGGAAGCCAAAACACAUUCGAGCAAUUGCCCUGGAUCACCAUCCUCGUACAAUUUCGCUGUCCCCCGGAGGUUCGGUGCUGGCGGCAGCGUAUGAUGGAGGCAUCGAGGUGUACUCUCUGUCAACUACCGCCUUAGCCACAGAUAAAAGGAGUGUCAAGUCUGACGCAGCUGAUUCUUUGUCAUUCUCCAGGGAUGGUAUGCAACUACUGGGCACCACUAUACACUCCAAAAACCCCAACACUGUCAUAUUAACAGCGCCAUACUUCAACCCCGGCGAGUAUUCACCGGAGGACAGCAUUGGCCAGCUUUGGGCAACGUCAAUUCUUUUUCCUAACAGCAGUCGAGACUGUAGCCAUGCGGUCCUUCUACCAAGCGCCGCGGACUGUGGCGCAAACUGGACAUUUACUUAUGACCGAGCCUUUGAAACUUUCCGAGCUGUCCGCAUUGACGACCUUCGCAACGGAACGACCUAUUUUACUGGACCUGUAGCAGAUUCCCCAUCGACUCAAAAACUACUUCCCAACACUCUACCCGCAACAACUGGCUCAGGGGAUUUGGUUUCUGCCGGGUUUCAAGGGAAGGAAAUAUGGUGUUACGGUGUCCCUGAAAAUCUUGAUGCGCCUCCUGAACCAACAGCAGAAACUGACUCGGCUGACUUUGGAACGCCUCUCAGCCAUAAAAGUAGCCUUUCCGGCACUGGGCAACGGGAGCCCACCACUGCGCCCAAAGAUGCAAACGGCGAUAAAGUACCCAAGUGGCAAGAGCUCUCUAACAGAUCUCGAAAUGCAUUCAUUGAAGGGCGGCAUGUUAGCAGUCUCGACGGAAUUAUGGCUCUGAAGUGGGUAACCUCUUCACCAGGUACUUCGUGUGAGCGGCUUGUCGCAGCUGCCCCUGGGGGUGUAGGUUAUGCCCAAGGCCAUGCGUUCGACCUGAAUGGCGACGGCAUAGCACCAAUGGAUGGUGGAAGGCUGUUACUCUUGGAUUUUGACUACUCUAUUGUAAACGGUGAAACGCGAACAAUCACGAUAGAAGUGGGCGAGAAAGAGCCGGAAGUACUCGAGGAAGAGCAGCGAGAUAUGGAGACAGAGGUUGCAAUAGUUCGCAGGCGAACUGUCGCUCAAUCAAGAGGAAAUCAUCCGGCUGUCCUUCGUUCCACCACAAUAGCAGCACGCCCGGAGAGAGGUCCUGUCUUUCCUCUGCCAAGAAGGUUGGAUGGGCUGCCAAUGUCGGCACUCCGAAGACCGUCUGCCACGAGGGAGGCACUAUCGCCAACAGACGAGACUUCGGAAACAGCAUCUAUGACAUCAAUAGAUGACCAAGAAGCACUUGAUGCACCGUAUGCACAUGGCACUCCUCGCUCUGUGGCAACAUUACGACGUGCUGCAACUGCUGCAGCUAUAAAUCGGGUGCUUCAUCCACCUCGUUUUGGGGUAACACCAGGCCCCCAACGGAUGCGGCCUGCAGAUGGUCACAACGAAGUUCCCCAUGAAAGUGAUGCGGAUAACUGGGUCCCCCCACCACCGCCAUAUAGCAAAGAUGACAUACCAACACUUCCAGAGCACCUACGAAAUGCAAUUCAAGUCGGAGUUACAGGAUUGCCAAGCAGCCUUCACCGAUCUAGCACUGAAAGGAGCAGCGCGUCGACGGAGUCAAACCCCCUAUCCAGUUUACGAAGAUCCAGAACUACAUAUGUUCCAAUGAGUAGAUCCUCGGCGUCACCAGUGUCAUCUCAUUUAUCCCUCGCCUCACCUGUUUCACUUCCUUUAGCCGUCGCCAUACCGCGACCUGCUAGCUCUUCAUCUGCCAUCAGUUCAUCAAGCGAUAUAGACCGCGAGCCUCAGUCAUUCCAGACUCCAGCAAACGCAGAUGAUUUUGACGACAUGUAUGAUGUUUCUCCCCAGAGGACACCUGAGCCUCCUGCGGCAGUGCCAGUAGCGCCAGCACCAGCCAACACAAUUCCUCGUCGACCUGUGCGCCAGCCGGUGGUGACUAUACCGGAAAGCCCCGUCAUGAGUACUCCUUCAGUUGAACCUAUGUCUCCAAUCCCACGUCGCGCUAUACCAAUUCCAACAGUCCAGGAUAUUAGCGUGACGCCGGAUAACUGGGAUGGCGAUGCUGGUAAUGCUAGCAACACCACACCCGCCAACGAAGAGGAAACGCGAACCCUCCCCGAACAAACGGCGUCAACUGGUGGGACACAAGUACGAUACGUGAGUAUUGAGGCACCCCAAGGCUCACAGUUUACGGGCCUACCAACGCUGUCACCGAUAACCCCACUGGAUCUGCAUUUCCCUCCCAGCCAGGAUCCAGCUCCAAAGACAGACAUCUCUCCAGAUGCCGGCUCGGGAGUACCAGCACCUGCAGAAUUAACUCCUGCAGAUGUCAACUUACCGAGCGCAUCAUUGCUGGAGAGACUGAACAGUCGCGCUCAGAGACCAAGUAGCCAGCAACUGGCUAACCACCCAAGAGCUGCCUCAGGAUCCUUCCAGCAGCUACCCGUCAUCCAGCCACCCGUCAUGCAUCCAGUCCACCAGAACAUGUACCCCGAAGCGCCCAAGCAAAUGAACACCGGACUGCCACAAUUCGGCCAGACCAGCUUUACAGAAUUCGGACCGCCGCCCAGGGCAGCUACCGGGGCGUACAACGCGCAAACGACUAUGUCCCCAAUCUACUCGCCUCCGUCCCACGACCAAGGCAACCUAGUCGGAUACCCCAGCCCAUAUGGUGACCAACAGCAAUUUUUCCCCGGUGGCCUACGUCCCCACAUGACGCGCCUAGAGACGAUCUACAGUAUCAGCUCCAACGGUGACGGGCCGGCACACACGCCCACCUGGCCCAUAGCAGCAGGCGUCUCGCGCCGUGCCAGCCGCGCAGGGCGCAGCGCGGCGAUCAAUAUGCAGCAGGCAAAGCAGAGGGGCUGGCGCGGGACGAUGAAGCGGAAGGGGAAGAAGAAGAAGGAUUACGACGUGGCGAGUAGUGCGGGGUGGACGGAUGUUACGACGGCUGGUUAUGCGAGUAAGAAGGAGAAGAAGGGGAAGUGUGCCAUUAUGUGAGGGGAUUUUUUUAUGGGAUAGGCGUUGGUGUGUCAACCUCUGUCCAUAGUCGAAUAUUUCGGUAUAUGGGAUUUAGAUAGCUUAGGGGGGAUUUGCUACGAUGGGAGAUACCCGGGAUAUUGCCGCGAGGCUUUAUGGAUGCGAUAUGUUGUGUUAUAUAGCGCCUCUAGUGAGGCUAGCUCGAUAUCGAGUAUUUAAUGAGAAGAAUGAAUUUUAUUGGGGAU